CAACCGACUAGUACUUGUCUAUUUGUUGUCUGGUCAAUCCACAUCGGUCAACAUGCCUGCGGCGACUCAGAAACCCCGUACUCUCUACGACAAAAUCUGGGACGAUCAUGUUAUUGACGUUCAAGAAGAUGGGUUGGCCCUCAUCUACAUUGACAGGCACUUGGUGCACGAAGUGACCAGCCCACAAGCGUUCGAGGGACUCCGAACGGCAAGCCGUCGUGUUCGCCGUCCAGACUGCACUCUGGUCACUGUUGACCAUAACAUUCCUACUGUAUCUCGCAAGAACUUCCAGAGUGUGGAGUCUUUCGUUGCUCAGCCAGACUCACGUGCGCAAUGUCAGGCCCUUGAGGAGAACGUUAAGGAAUUCGGGUUGACCUACUUCGGCAUGACUGAUCGCCGGCAAGGUAUUGUGCACAUUAUCGGGCCAGAGCAAGGUUUUACCCUCCCCGGUAUCACUUGCGUCUGCGGUGACUCCCAUACAUCUACGCAUGGUGCUUUCGGCUCCCUUGCGUUCGGUAUCGGCACUUCGGAGGUGGAGCACGUCUUGGCGACGCAGACCCUCCUGCAGAAGAAGGGCAAGAACAUGCGGAUCACUGUAGAGGGAACCCUACCUGAGGGCGUAACCUCAAAAGAUGUGGUGCUGCACAUCAUCGGUGUCAUUGGCACAGCUGGAGGAACAGGCUGUGUCGUCGAGUACGCGGGCAAUGUCAUCCGUGGCUUCAGCAUGGAAGCGCGGAUGAGCAUGUGCAACAUGAGUAUUGAGGGUGGUGCGCGAGCUGGUAUGAUCGCUCCCGACGAGGUGACCUUCGAAUACCUCCGUGGACGCCCAUUGGCGCCUAAGGGCGAGGUCUGGGACCGUGCGGAGGCGUACUGGCGUACCCUUAAAACGGACGCAGACGCAAAGUUCGACAUCGAGGUGCAGAUCCGAGCGGAAGACAUCCUCCCGACUGUCACAUGGGGCACCUCGCCGCAGGAUGUUGUCUCAAUUACAGGCUCCGUCCCCGACCCUUCAAGCGUCCAGGACGAGAAGAAGCGCGAGAACAUCGAGCGUGCCUUGAAGUACAUGGGCCUCACGCCGGGAACGCCUAUGCAAGACAUCAAGAUCAACAAGGUCUUCAUCGGUUCGUGCACGAACAGUCGUAUCGAGGAUCUGCGUUCCGCGGCGAAGAUCAUUCUUGCCGCUGGGCCCGAUGCGAAGGUGGCCCCAGGAGUGUCGGCGAUGAUUGUCCCAGGCUCUGGGUUGGUGAAGCAACACGCCGAGGCGGAGGGGUUGGACGUCGUCUUUAAGCGUGCUGGUUUCGACUGGCGCGAAGCGGGCUGCUCGAUGUGCCUGGGCAUGAACCCGGACAAGCUCGAACCCGAGGAACGUUGCGCCAGCACGAGCAACCGUAACUUCGAGGGCCGCCAGGGCCCCCGUGGCAGGACGCAUCUUGUCAGUCCCGCGAUGGCCGCGGCAGCUGCGAUGACGGGGAAGCUGACAGACGUGCGCAAGUUCCUGGGCGCAGCGACUGACGCCCAGCCGAAGCUGAAGCUCACGAGUGCUCUCGACUUCCUCACGGACGCUGUACUGCCGUCUCCUGAACCCCAGGGGACCGUGACAAGCACUUCAUCUGUUGCUGCGUCGGAUACACCGCUCCCAGCAGCCGAGGCCCCUUCCAGCGUGCCACCCUUCCGUGUUCUCAAGGGCAUUGCUGCUCCUCUGCACAUGGAGAACGUGGACACGGAUAUGAUUAUCCCUGCUGUUUUCUUGAAAACGUUGAAGCGCACUGGUCUCGCGAAUGCCCUCUUCUACGCUCUCCGCAGAACCCCGUCAGGCGAGCCUUCUGACUUUGUCUUGAAUCGCGCAUCGUACACGCAGUCAAAGAUCCUCGUUUGCGACAUGCCGAAUUUUGGAUGCGGCAGCUCUCGUGAACACGCGCCUUGGGCUCUGAAGGACUUCGGCAUCCUGUGUGUGAUUGCUCCCAGCUUUGGAGACAUUUUCCGGAACAACUGCAUGCAGAAUGGCAUGUUGCCCAUCGUGCUACCUGAUGCUGACUGCCGUGCUCUGGCCGAGGACGCCGAGGCAGGGCACGAGCUCGAAGUUGACCUCGAGAAGCAGGAGGUCCGCCGACCCAACGGCAAACCCGCGAUCCCCUUCCAGGUCGACCAAUUCCGCAGACAUUGCCUGUUGAACGGCCUCGAUGAUAUUGCUCUAACGCUCCAGAAAGUCGACAGAAUCGAGGAGUUUGACAAGCGCAGGAGCGAGAUGUGGCCCUGGUUGGACGGUUUCGGGUACAAGGGAAACAAAAUUCCGGUUGCGCCGGAAAGGAAGACAAAGAAGAUGGAGUGGUGAAAUGGUCGACUGUCACGAAAAUGUACACUGCUGCCGGUAUUCUCUUUGAUGUAUAUUGUGGAACACGUUCAUCUGCACAAC